GUCUUAGGGCGGGACACAUCUGAGGGUUUAUAUCCAGGUUGUGCGCGUCUCUCAUCCGUUCCUACAUUGCAGCGUUUUGUUGUGAAGGAUAAACUCGACAACCCAACAUGUCUGGAAGAGGCAAAACUGGAGCGAAGACCCGCGCUAAGGCCAAGACCCGCAGCUCACGCGCCGGACUGCAGUUCCCCGUAGGCCGUGUCCACCGUCACCUCCGCAAGGGUAACUACGCCCACAGAGUCGGUGCCGGAGCCCCCGUGUACCUGGCCGCCGUCCUGGAGUAUCUCACCGCCGAGAUCCUGGAGUUGGCCGGAAACGCCGCCAGAGACAACAAGAAGAGCCGCAUCAUCCCUCGCCACCUGCAGCUGGCCGUACGCAACGACGAGGAGCUCAACAAGCUGCUCGGCGGUGUGACCAUCGCUCAGGGCGGCGUGCUGCCCAACAUCCAGGCCGUCCUGCUGCCCAAGAAGACCGGCCAGGCCGCCCCGAGCUCCGGCAAGGCGGGAAAGAAGGCCUCAUCUCAGUCGCAGGAGUAUUAGCUUGCUGGCUCAUAACUUUCAACCCAACGGCCCUUUUAAGGGCCACCCAAUCGUCACCGAAAGAGCAACCUCUCCUGUCUCGUUUGUCACUCCUAGCUAUUAGUUUUAUUUAAUAAACGCUUGUUUUGCGAAAA